AACCGCCACCCUGUUAUGGGCAUGCGCAACUGCCUCCACGGCAAUAAUAUGUCAGGACAACACGAUAUCCCCCCUGAGGACGGCGAGCAGCCCGAGCAGGAACCUUUGGAAGCCCCAGGGGCAGCUGCCCCCGGUGCUGGGCCUGGCCCAGCCGAAGAGAUGGACGCCCAAUCGCCUCCCAAUGAGCCCGUCUCCAUCCAGAUCAAUGGCGAGGCCAGUGGACCCCCUGAUGUCUCCGGGGACCCCUACCAGGGCCUCAGCCCGACCUUCGAGGAAGCUGGAGCCAGCGGGGGCUACAGCCCCCCUCCUGAGGAAGCCAUGCCCUUCGAGGUCGACCAGCCCACCGUGGGAGGCUUCUGGCCCGCACUGGAAGAGUCUGGAUCCCCUGGGGCUGGAGCAGGCCUCCAGGCCCUCAGCCCCCCAUUCGUGGAGCCCGGAGCCUUGGUUGAGGCGCAGCCAGGCCUGGGAGGAUACAGCCCUCCACCCGAAGAAGCUAUGCCGUUCGAGUUUGACCAGCUUGCCCCGGGAAGCGGUGGCCAGCCCCUCUUGCAGGUCGCCGACCUUGCCCCCGGCGGGCCAGGGGUCCCUGGAGCUCCUCCCGCGGAGCCCCAAGUCCUCGGGCCCGCGAGCGCUGCCUCCGGGGGAGACUACAGCCCUCCCCCCGAGGAGGCUAUGCCAUUCGAGCUCGGCGGAGAAGGGUCUGGAAGCGACAGCCCACCGCCCGGGCUCCCCCGAAUGCUCCCGCAAGUCGGUGGUGGCAGCCACUUCCAGGCCGUCGCGGUCCAGGAGGCGAUCUGCUUCCCUCCCGCCGCAAACGCGCCUCCGCUCGGGAUCCGGGGCGCCAUCGGCAGCCCAUCCCGCGAGGCAGUCAGAUUUCCUCCCAGCGACCAGCGCGCCAGCCCCCCGAUUGAGAUCACUGGACCCCCGCUCGAGAUUGGCAGCGCCCCCGUUGGGGUCGACGACGCUCCUGUCAACAUGGACAGCCCCCCAAUCGCAGAUGACGGCCCGCCCCCUGAAGUCUCGGGAGCCCCAGAUAAGAGAGCGCGAGCGCAGAGACCCCCAGUUGAGGGAGAAGCGGCGGAGAUGGAAGGACGCGCAGCCUCCGCCGCUGCGGAGGAAGGAGAAGUCCCCCCUCCGGGAGACGGAUCCCCUCCCGGCGCCGGAGGAGCCCCAGCCGACGCCGAAGUCGAGGCCGCCCCUGCAGCCGAAGCCGAGCCCGAUGACGCGGGAGCAGCCCCAGCCGCCCCAGCCGAGCCCGAUGCGGGAGCAGCCCCGGCCGAGCCAGUCGCCCCAGCCGCCCCAGCCGCCCCGGCCGAGCCAGCCACCCCGGCCGAGCCCGAAGCCAGCGCCGGACCUGAAGGCGCCGGGGCAGCCCCAGCCGCAGCCCAGCCUCCGGCGGCCAGGGCAGCCCCCGUCGCCACGGCCAAUCCGGGCGCCAAUCCGGGCGCCAAUCCCGGCGCCCGGGGAGCCCGAGUCGCCCCGGCGGCCGCGCUUGCUCCCUCGCCUGUUCCCGUGGUCCGGACGGCUGCCUUCCGCUCAGCCUCCGCCACCCCAUCCUGCCGGGCCGUCCGCCCAGCCUUCGCGGCCCCGGCCUCCGGGGGCCCCCGUCACCUCCACCUCCUUAGGCCCCCCAGCCCCGAGAUCCAGGCUGCUGACCCGCCUACUCCGCGGCCUACUCGGGCGGCCAGCGCCUGGAGAAGCAAGUCCGACCGCGGCCGAUCCCGGGUCAAAUACCUGGAGCAGUAUCUCAGCGACUCCUCCAGCGAAGAGUCGGAGCACAAGACCUUCGGCUGCUUCCAGUGGUGGCACCACCGAAGCAAGCCCCGCAAGUCCCUCACGGAGCGUAACUUGCUCCGCAACUUCCUCGUGCAAUCUUUCGGAACCUGCUUCUGCGGCUGCGAGAACCCGGACCACUCAGGCCGGAGCCCCAGCAAGGCCAAGAAUGACAUGGUGGAGGAGAGGCUCCGCCAGAUGCGCAAAGAAGCCAUCGAGAUGCGCACCCAGAGGUUCCCAGACAAGCGUGGCCGGCGCUUCGACCAACUCCAGGAGGAGAAGGAUUAUAUGUGUACGCACCGCUUGCUGCUUCUAGGUGCUGGAGAGUCUGGGAAAAGCACCAUCGUGAAGCAGAUGAGGAUUCUGCAUGUUAAUGGGUUUAAUGGAGAGGGCGGCGAAGAGGACCCGCAGGCUGCAAGGAGCAACAGCGAUGGUGAGAAGGCCACCAAAGUGCAGGACAUCAAAAACAACCUGAAGGAAGCGAUUGAAACCAUUGUGGCCGCCAUGAGCAACCUGGUGCCCCCCGUGGAGCUGGCCAACCCCGAGAACCAGUUCCGAGUGGACUACAUUCUGAGUGUGAUGAACGUGCCCGACUUUGACUUCCCACCCGAGUUCUACGAGCACGCCAAGGCUCUGUGGGAGGAUGAGGGGGUGCGCGCCUGCUACGAGCGCUCCAACGAGUACCAGCUGAUCGACUGUGCCCAGUACUUCCUGGACAAGAUUGAUGUGAUCAAGCAGGCCGACUACGUGCCAAGCGACCAGGACCUGCUCCGCUGCCGCGUCCUGACCUCUGGAAUCUUUGAGACCAAGUUCCAGGUGGACAAAGUCAACUUCCACAUGUUCGACGUGGGCGGCCAGCGCGAUGAGCGCCGCAAGUGGAUCCAGUGCUUCAAUGACGUGACCGCCAUCAUCUUCGUGGUGGCCAGCAGCAGCUACAACAUGGUCAUUCGGGAGGACAACCAGACCAACCGCCUGCAGGAGGCUCUGAACCUCUUCAAGAGCAUCUGGAACAACAGAUGGCUGCGCACCAUCUCUGUGAUUCUCUUCCUCAACAAGCAAGAUCUGCUUGCUGAGAAAGUCCUCGCUGGCAAAUCCAAGAUUGAGGACUACUUUCCAGAGUUCGCGCGCUACACCACUCCCGAGGAUGCGACUCCCGAGCCCGGAGAGGACCCACGCGUGACCCGGGCCAAGUACUUCAUCCGAGAUGAGUUCCUGAGAAUCAGCACUGCCAGUGGAGAUGGGCGCCACUACUGCUAUCCUCACUUCACCUGCGCUGUGGACACCGAGAACAUCCGCCGCGUGUUCAACGACUGCCGCGACAUCAUCCAGCGCAUGCACCUCCGCCAGUACGAGCUGCUCUAAGAAGGGAACCCCAAAUUUAAUGAAAGCCUUAAGCACAAUUCAUUAAGAGUGAAACGUAAUUGUACACGCAGUUAGUCACCCACCAUAGGGCAUGACUAACCCAGCGACCUUUCCUUCUCCCCCCAGUGAUUCCGCGAAACCCCCUUUUCCCCUCAGCUUGCUUAGAUGUUCCAAAUUUAGAAAGCUUAAGGCGGCCUACAGAUAAAAAAGAAAAAGAAAAAGGCCACAAAAGUUCCCUCUCUCUUUCAGUAAGUAAAAUAACAGCAGCAAACAGAAAUAAAGAAAUAAAUGAAACAAAUGAAAUAAAUAUUGUGUUGUGCAGCAUUCAAAAAAUCAAAAUAAAAAUUAAACGUGAGCAAA